GGGAGAGGGGCGGGCGGAUGGAGCGGAGUCGCUGAGCUUCCUCCCUGCUCUCUUGCGCUUCCCCUCCAAUCCGUUUCCUGCCACGCCCGUUUCUCCACCCUCGCUCCCUCCCUCCCUCCUCCCUCCCUGUCUGUCAGCUUCUCUACUGGCUGCUGUGGGGGGAGAGUCCGGUGUAUGUGCGGCAACAACAUGUCCGCCCCGCUCCCUGCCAUUGUCCCGGCUGCCAGAAAGGCCUCCGCCGCGGUCAUAUUUCUUCAUGGAUUAGGAGAUACUGGGCAUGGGUGGGCAGAAGCAUUUUCUGGUAUCCGAAGCCCACAUGUAAAGUAUAUUUGUCCACAUGCGCCAGUUAUGCCUGUUUCUCUAAAUAUGAACAUGGCGAUGCCUUCUUGGUUUGAUAUUAUUGGGCUUGCUCCAGAUUCGCAGGAAGAUGAAGAAGGGAUCAAGCAAGCAGCAGAGAAUGUGAAAGCACUUGUAGAACAAGAAGUAAGGAAUGGAAUUCCCUCAAACAGAAUAAUUUUGGGAGGAUUUUCUCAGGGAGGAGCUUUAGCACUGUACACAGCUCUUACAACACAUCAGAAACUGGCAGGCGUGGUAGCACUCAGCUGUUGGCUUCCACUGCGGACUUCAUUUCCGGAGGGUGCCAUCAGUUGUGUCAACAAAGAUAUUCCCAUUAUACAGUGCCAUGGUGACUGUGAUCCUCUGGUUCCACUAAUGUUUGGUUCUCUCACCUCUGGAAGGCUAAAGACUAUGCUACAUCCUUCUAACAUAACUUUCAAAACGUAUUCUGGCAUGAUGCAUAGUUCGUGUAUUGAGGAAAUGAUGGAUGUGAAGCAGUUUAUUGACAAGCAACUACCUUCAGUUGACUGAAACUCUUUGACAGGCCUUCUGUCUAAAUGCACCAGCAUCAUCUGUAUGAGAUUGUUUCUUUUCAUGUAGCCAUUUCUAAAGCAUUUAUGUGCCUACAGUGUUAACUGUAUUGCAAAAAUGUACCAACAUAAAAGAGUAGAAAGCAUAACUUUGUGACAAAUGAUGCUUUUCUCAAACUUCAUUGACCCUGGUGUAGGUAUAAAGGCAGAGGAAAAGCAUGUUGGCAGAGGGAAAACAUAUUAUUAGUCAUACUCUUCCAUGCUUGAUUGCUCCAAAUUUAAAGGUGUUUAUUGAUAACUAAAGACCUCUUGUUUAAAAUAGUUUACACAAGACAAAAUUGAUAUGUUCCAGGAUCUGCUUUAUUACUGCUUGCUAAAUUGACAUUAGUGUAUAGUACAUAAAAUAUGCAGUGUGUAAAGCCCAGUAAGCAUGCAAUGAUAGAAUAUUCUUAAUUUAAAGGUCAAGUUUAACCAAUAUUAUUGCAUGUGCAAGAGAAGUCUGUGUUCUCAUCUUUUAAUUAAUUAUUCCUAAAUAUUGAUGAGAUAUAGUAUUAUCUCCUACCUAUGUGCCAGACUACUUUGAAAUCUUGGAAGCGGUGUCAGCGCUUGUCAGAAGAUUACACUCAACAACCCUUAAGACAGAAUUGUAAUAGAUCACUAAAUAAUUGUUGUACAAUACUUGAAUAAGUUGAAAUUUGAUAUCAUUAGAACUUGUAAAGGCCUGCAAAAUUGUAGCCCUCAGAAGCUCAUCUGACUAACUCGGCAACAUUCUAAAUUGAAGAAAAUUAUAUCAGAGAAUAUAUUUUAUAAACCUUUUCUUAAAAUUGUUUUCUUCAUCGGAGAAAUCAGGAAUGGGAUUGUAGAUUAGCAACACUUGUGUAAUGGACCAGGAGAAAAGAGAAAACAUAUUUUUUCAAGACACCAAAUAAAUUCUGGUAAAUUUCUGAUAAAAAGAAAAUAUCCUGUCUCGUGCAACUUGCCAAAACUAUCAAUUUAGAUCUAUUCAUAUACAAAUAAGACCAAAACUUGUUUGUGUUAUUACUUCCUUUAAGAACUUGCAUAACUUGAGCUUAAAUUCUUCUGGAAAUGAAAUGCAGACUAAUGUCAUAUGCACCAAACAAUGUUUCAUGCACACAGGAGGGGAGGGCAAUUUUUACCGAUUCUCCCUUCUGCCUCCUGAUAAUGUCUGUGAGGGUCCUGCAGCUUUCAGGGGCAUAUUUCUGGGGGAAAGUGAGAAGGUGGGGCAGAAUCAAGUAAAAUCUUCCUUCUACUAUUGCGUGUGUGAAACAUUAGUCUGGAUAUCAGCCAGUAUUUCAGAUUUGGUGUUGGUUGGUCUUGUAAAAUUGGAUUCUUCCUCCCUUCCAGGCUAUCACCAUGGCUCCUAUUUAUGCUUGAAAUUACUGUUCAUAGGGCAUAUGAUUCCCCACCACCGUCAACUUAGACAUGCAAUCUAACUUCAGUCACAUCUGCAACUGCCACACAUUGCCUGAGUUGCAUUUGAGGUUUAGGUACCCCAAGAAUGCACAUGACUUGAUCUUGUCUAGAACUGGUACUUCUCCUGUCUACUAUGUAACUUUGCAAUGCUUUGUGUAUCACAUUCCUUGAACUUUGCUGGACCUUUUGUAGUCUCCUAGACUAAGGAUCACUUUGGCAGAACCAAGCAGUAAAGUUGUUUCUGGACUGUAUCAUUUAAGGCUACUAAGGUGGGAAGUGUAUGUUUGAGAGCUCCAAGUUCUUACCUAGCCAUUUUCCUAACAUGCUGUUUUCUUCUGUGCCAAGUAUGUGUAUGAGAGAAAAUGGAGGAGUUGAAACAUGUAACCUUCCACCUGUAGCCUGAACUAAUACAGUUUAAUAACAGCUUUGUUACUUGGUUCUGGUUAAUAUAUAAAUGGCUGUCAAGAGAAGCAGUAAAUGUUUCUGUGGUUUUAUCCUUGCCACUAGAAUAUUUCAAACCUGGGGUUCCCUGCAAGAGUUGCCACACACUUGAUCUGAACAUGGAACCAAUAUGGUUUUCCUCACUACUGUUUUAUAUUCUAUAUAAGUAUUAGUUCGUGGAAUAAGUUAGCAAUCUAACAUUAUUCAACCAUGUUUUGGUAAUGUGACAAGUUUCCAGAACCUUGCCUUAUUCAUAGAAGUUGGUAUAUAUUGAAAGUAUUUCUUAUUGUCACUGCCUAGAUUAGUACUGCAAAUGUGUUGAUUUAUGAGAACAUAUCUGUGUUAUCAACCUAAAGAAAGCAUGGAAACUAUUAAUCAAAAUGAUAGUUCUUAUGAAACGUUUGGUUCUUUAUUUCUGAAUUUGACAUCUAGCGUUUUGCCAACAAUCAAAUGUGAUAUCCAGUAUCAUUUUUAAUUUGAGUAUUUAAAUGAAAAACUUACUUGCCAAACUGCUGAUAAAUAUUAAUUGUAUUGUGUAUCAUAGCCCAAAUGCUGUGAUAACACAGGUAAAACUAUUGGCUUCAUUAGGAUUUCUGCCCUAAUAUGGUGUAGCCUUUAGUUUUUCCUUAAGUAUUGUAUAAUGUCAAUGCAGUGAAUUGCUGGAAGAGUAUUGUACUCUGUAACUUGUAUAUUAGAUCUGUUAAUUGUCUGCCUUAAUGAAGUGUAUUGCACUUCAUUAAACUGCAAAAUGCAUCUUUUUAUAAAUAGGUGCUAUCGACUCUAAAUGAAUAGUUUUAAGAGUGUAUUGUAUAGGAUGUUAAUGAAGCCAUAUAUUUAGGCUGGGGUAUUUUAUAAAGAUUUUAAUUUGCAUUUCCUUUAUCUGAAGUUGUAGAAAUACAUAACGAAGGUAACAACUUGAUUUUUUUAUAUUACCUGUUCAUGGUAACAAAUCUGUUGUUGAAAUGGCUUUCUUGUAGUUGAAGAAUGUACACCUUUCUGUUACUGUGAAAUAAAUUCUGAACAAUCA